AUGGUCGUGAUGGUGGAAGUUGCUGAAAGAAGAAACAAUGAUUACUUUCGGUCAUUUCUGCCUGCUGUCAACUCCCCACCGGUUCCUCACCGGGACGUAUCUACAUCGACACCGGCGUACCGUCCCUAUACAGAAGAAUAUGCUGCAGUACAGCGUCGCGUCGAACGCCCCGCCCAGCCAGAAGACUCAGACAAAAAGAAAGACAAGAAAUGGUCAAUCGGUAAACUGUUCAGACGCAAGAAGAAAGAAGAUGAAAGUGGAACUUCGUCAGAAACCGAUGAGGGUGUCAGUACACGCUCCCCCUCUAAAAGAAAAUCUAAGAAGAAAAAGAAAGCACCACCGGUCAAUAAUUUUGACCACAUAGUAAUAAGAGAUUCUAGAAGAGCACAAAGCUUAGCAAAAUCAAACGCUCGAGAUCUUACUGACGAUGGUGUUUUAUCAGACCCGUCAGCAGGUUUUAUCAACUAUCGUGCUAAUAAAGCACAAGAAAUGUAUAAAGCCUCUAAAGAAUCGCUCAGUUUAAGAGAUGACAAUUCCAGUAGAUCUGGGGGACCGACUUUAGAGACACCUUCAAGAAAAACGAGAAAAGGAAGAUUGAAAGCCAGAGUUGAAGCACUUAGAAAUAGCAUGAAAGGUGAAUCAAGUAGUGACGAAGAAUCACUUAAAUCAUCGAAUUCAUCACUGAUGAUUCGGUUCAGAAGUGAAGAUUCUUUGAUGAGAUCACGUGAUAGCUCAUUAAACAAAAGGUCAAGAAGUGCCAGAAAUGAAAGAUAUGUAAAAAGAUUGUCACGAGACGAGGAAAAUCAGUUAAACAAAGAAGCAGAACUUCUGCAGCAGGGUUACACAAAGGCUGAGGUUGAAAUGUUAACAAGAACACCGACAAGUCAGAGUAGUGGUUACGGAACUUGUAAACGUGAACAAACCCAAAAAAAUAAAAGCGAACAGUUAUACGCUAAUGAUGUAACUCGCCGUCCCAUGAAAUCUGAAUCAAUAUCAUCAUUCCCAUCAACACAAAGUUACCCAUCCUCCAUUAACUUUAACGCUAAAGUUAACAAUGAACAUAUUAACUAUUCCAUACCAACUAGUAAUAAUAUUAAACGCGAGUUGCUUCACUCUAAUAACAACAGAGAAAGAAGUGUUAGUAGUCAAUAUGAAAGUCCUGAAAAUGUUAUGUGUAUCAAGUUUCCAUUAGGGAACGUAACAAACGUGAAAAGAGAAGAGAAAGCACCCCCUGUACCACCUCCACGGGAUUUGCAAAGAAAAGUCGCGACUCCAAUAUCUAUGUACUACGAAAAUAAUCCCAUGGCAGCUGAUAGAAUGGGUAAUACUUUAAUGCAUGGUGUGCCAAACAACGAUUUUGACAGGAUAAUGAGACGCAGUCAAGAGAGGACGCUUAGUCAUGGAUUUAAUGGUUUGAGACGCCCUAUAUCAAAUUCGGAAGAUCACAUUGCAAUGCAAAAUAACGAGUAUAUCCAGAGUUUUCAGCAUAAAAAUGAACAACCCCGCAGACCGGCUUCGGUGUCAGCAGAACCAAAUCAUUAUGGACUCUAUGCAAAUACGCCACCUUGGAGGAAAUCAGUUGGUCCAAGUAAUGUUGUUAAACCAGAACCAGUUCAGUUAAGACAUGAUUAUUUGUACUAUGCGGAUCAAAGUCCUAGAUCUCGCAGACCAAUCAGCAUUAAAAAUGGUCAAAAUGGAUAUGAAAAUCAAUAUUUAAGUGACUCUCAAACUUCACAAGGCGUGGCUGAGAGUGUAUAUCGCAGACCUCGUAAUGCAUCAGAAUUUUGGAAAAAAAUUGAUGACGCUGAAAGACAAAGGCGCCAACAAUACGUAUAUGCAAACUCAAGAAGUAGUAGUGAUUUUUCAAACACUAUGCAGGCAAACAGAACAGCUGCGUAUUUAGAUCAAACUAAGCCGUGUCGUGAUAACGUUGAUGUUCAAACUAAAACCACUUUUAAAUCUUCGUCUGUUGACACAAACGACGACGCCAAAGUGUGGAAGGCGACUACAGAGUACAAAAGGUCCGUUACAGUGGAUCCCCCUAAGAAUUCUACGUCACCGACAUCAAAAACUCACGUCAGACACAAAUCUGAUACUUAUGUGCCUGGUGUAUAUCAAAUGCCAUCUGACGAUGAAAAAAGUUCAGAAAGACGAAAGUCUACAAAUCUCGACGAUGCUCUUAACGAAUUAGAAGCAAUAUAUAAUAGCUUAGGUUUGGGUGACGAGGACUUAUUAGAUAGAGCGGAACGUCGAGAAUUAAUGACACCGAAGUUUAACGACCAUUUCAACGACUGGAAUGGAAACGACGACGAAUUACAAUUACGGAGUCAACCGACGACACCUUUGAGGCGCGUGCCGAGAAGAUCGACUUUACCAGAUAAGUUACAAGAUGACAUGGCAUUCCGGAGACUAAACUCCUUGAAUAAAGAGAAACCUAAUUAUAAAGAAGCUCAAUCCCAAAUAAGUUACAUGUUAGCUUCACCUGUCUACGUGCCCUACGCGUCAGAUGAUGAUAGACAAUCGGAAAGAAAUGAGCCAGACAUAGUGCAUGACGAUGUUGUUUACAGAAAUAUAAAACAAACAAAUAAUCGUUUAAAAACUAUCGAUCCACAGCCACCAUUUGGAAUACCAAUAGGCCCAGUUUCACCAGCUCCACAGAGUGACUAUCUUCACGCACAACCAGAAAACAAAGGUCGACCAAGAUUUAUUCCUAGAAGAUCCCCAGACCUGGUAUCUGAUGACUUAGCAUAUAGGAGUCUUAGAAAAGACGGCAGGCAUUCUGCGCUGUUCAAUAGCGAAGAAUAUAAUGGACAUAUAAACAACAAUCACAGUUACAAUGAAUAUGCUUUUUCUAAGGACUCAUCCACCGCAGCUAAUCUUAAGAAAAAAAGGGCUGUGAGGUCAUUAUCAGCUAACAUAUUCACUAUGAUACAGAAAGAAAUCGAUGAAGCGUUGAACAUGAGCAAAAUGGCUACAUUGCAAAAAACCCAUAGCAAUAGCGACGUCAUGAAGCGGCUUCGUAGUACGUUUGAAAAUAACGACAACGAGCAGGACCAAUAUCCCCGUAACAAGGUAAAGCAAAGACAUAAUACAGUCAGUCUAUAUGUUAAUAACACCCAUGCACCCACACAUCACUUUGCAAAAGAUGAUUCAUUCAUUCAUAGUGACGAUAAGCAUCUUGCUAAGCCAUCAUCAUGUGAUAAGUCCAAAAGUUCAUCACCAUCACACAGAUCUCCUCAAGCAUCUAAACGUUCCUCAAAGGAUGAGUUUCAACAGGUUCUUAGCAUGCUGGCACAAGAAGCUAUGGACACAAGUAAUAAAUUAGGUGUUGCUUUAGCUGAAUUGGACAAAAAUAGGUAUAAUAAUGAAAAAAAGUCAGAUAUACAAAGCCGAAUUUCUGACAGCAGACAGACAUUCUUAAAUGGUCUAACAAGCAAAUCUUACGAAGAAACUAUUCCCAAAGUAAAAUUAGUAAAUGUACAUACCGAAAUAAUAAGUGAACCAAAACAAGACAGAUUAAUUAACGACGUAAACACAACAUCGAAAGGAAAAAAGACUGAAGAUAGUCUCUUGGCGAUAUCAGAUCAACUACAUAAGGUUGAAGACCAACUUAAACAUAGUUUUGUAAAAGAGCUAAAUUUUGAAGAUGAAAGUUUAAAACUUUCUAAUUAUAUAGCAAAGGCAGAGGAACAGUUAAAAGCUCAAGAAACAACGGUUGUGAUACCAGAAAGUAAAUUAAUACCUGACGUCGUCCCGUUGACAAUAAAAGAUGAUUCACAAAAAAUUGAAGCGCCAAGUGAAAGCAAUUUAGAACUUAAACCGCCAGUAAUAAAUUCGCUAAACCCUUUCUUAAAUACUGACGACAAAAUAAACGAAAUCAAUGAAAUUAAUGCUUUUAAAGAACUUAAGGACGGAAUAUCUGACUUGAUCGCUGGUAUUUGUCAAGUAAACGAAAAACUUUUUAUUCCAAAGCCAACGAAUGCUGAAGAAUGCGACACAAAUACUGAUAAAAUUACUGGUAUAACAGAAGCCAGUGAAAAGUUAAAUAAAGUUUCAGAUAAUAUCAGUAAACAGGAAAUACCUGUAAGGACUUCUGUUAAUCUAUCUAUAUAUGAAGAUGAUUUAGAAUUAAAGAAAGACGGUGCUGAUUCAGCAGACUAUAACUCCUCGGAAGAAUUGGCGACGAUAUUUAAACUGGACAGUAAUACAAAAGCUGAAACUGCAAGCGAUACUCAAACCGAAUCAGAAAAAAAGAUUCGUGAUGAGUUAAGUUCUCCGAAAUUAGUUCAAACAAUGAAUCAGCAUCUAAGACGGCUGUCAGUCGACCAAACUGAUGAUUAUGCUUCUAGUCAGAGCAACUCACUGCCUACGAACGUAGUUCCUUGGAGAACCAAAAGGCAAACUCACAAUUCACAAAAAGACAAUACAGGCGAUAACACGCAGUCGAAGCGCAAUUGGCACGACUCUGGCACGUUGAUGUUAGCUUGUACCUACACCCUGAUGUUCUCCCAACACCUGGCCGAUUUGGAUUGGUUGACGCUGCUCGGUUUGCUGCUAGCAAUGAUCACUAUUAUCGCUAUGCUAAUUAUAUAA